GCUCAGGUUGGCCUUGAAUGUGAGAUCCUUCUGCCUCAGCUUCUGAAUGCCAUAUCAUCAACUUUGAGUUGCUGAGUGGAGAAGGCACCUUGCCAUCCCUGUAUAUAAAACUUGACAUCUCAGUAACUAAGAUUCUCAGAACACAUCUAUAUCAGAGACAGUGGGCAGUAAAUAGAUGGAGCCAAAGAGGAGUCAGACCGGACGCUUCUUCAAGAGCUCACAGCCUGCUAAGAGAAAGCAGGCUGCUACCAUGACCAUGACCAAGAAUGUGGCAGAGCUUCUGCCUUUGAGCCACCAGGACGAACUAGUGGAUUUGUCAAACCACUACCCAUUGAGUACAAGUGAAGAUGAGGGGGACAGUGAUGGAGAAAGAAAGUGUCAAAAGCUUCUGGAAGCAGUCAGUUCCCUUGGCGGAAAGAAGAGUUGGAAAUUGGCAGAGAGAUCGGAGGCUAGUCUGAUGGUGUCCGAGUUCAAUGUCACUUCUGAAGGGUCAGGUGAAAAGCUGGUUCUUUCAGAUUUGCUGGAGUCUGCUACAGCUUUAUCUUCGUUGACUGCUGUGAAAAAGCAACUGCUUAGGUCUAGGUCAAAGACUCUUGCGGUACCCCUUGACAAAAAAGAGGCUGACCAGAUCCUCAGGGAAGCAGCAUUCAGCAAAACCUCACAGAUGCUCUCAAAGUGGGAUCCCGUUGUUCUGAAGAACCGGCAAGCAGAACAGCUGGUUUUUCCUAUGGAGAAGGAGCCGCCAGCUGUUGCUCCCAUUGAACAUGUCUUCACUGACUGGAAAACAAGAACUCCCCUGGAGCAAGAAGUUUUCAACCUCCUUCACAAGAACAAGCAGCCAGUAACAGACCCUUUAUUGACUCCCAUGGAAAAAGCCUCCCUUAAAGCCAUGAGCCUGGAAGAAGCGAAAAUACACCGAGCAGAGCUCCAGAGGAUGCGAGCUCUACAGUCCUACUAUGAGGCCCGAGCUCGAAGAGAGAAGAAAAUCAAAAGUAAGAAGUAUCACAAAUUUAUAAAGAAAGGCAAGACCAAGAAAGCCUUAAAAGAGUUUGAGCAGCUAUGGAAGGACUACCCAAGUGCUGCAUUGCAAGAACUGGGAAAAAUGGAAGAGGCCAGAAUGAUAGAGCGCAUGAGCCUUAAGCACCAGGGUGGUGGGAAAUGGGCCAGGUCAAAGGCAAUUAGGGCCAGGUAUGACCUGGAGGCUCGCAAAGCUAUGCAAGAACAAUUGGCGAAGAACAGAGAACUGACACAGAAACUCCAGGUAGUUUCGGAGAGUGAAGCGGAGGAGGAGGAAUGCACCGAAGAGGGAGUAAUCCCUGCCUCUGAUGGAAUGGACCACCUCCAGAUGGAUGCAGCUGGUCGGAAUCCCUGGAUGCUCAGCACUUGCAACGGCGAUGCAGCAAGGGGUGAGGUCAAGACCGACCCUGGACAGCUGCCCGAACUGGUGGCUGAUGGGUCUUCUGAAAGUGAGCGAGAUGAGAAAGCAGUGGCAGAAGAGCUUUUGGUGAAAGAAAAAUUCUUUCAAGAAAGAGUUGAGCCCAACAGUGCUAAGCCAGUGGGUGGCCAAGAAACAGAAGACUCUGAUAGCCAGGAGGUAUUAUCUGAAUCGAGGGUAUUGCUUCAGAAACUCCACAAGGAAAACCAUCAAUCUGAGCAGCAAAAAGGGAGCUCAGUGGGAACUGUUCUCCAGACCCAGAGAGAGGAACUUGCUCCGGAGGAGAGCCCGAUGCUUCAAAGGCUAGAGAGAGCACAUGUUCUGGAAGAACAAGGAGAGUUGAGCAAAGAGGGACAUUAUCCAAAAAAGGGGCUUCCCAGACCUAUGGUAAAAGGAGAGGGGAAGGAGAGGAACCCACCCAGUAUACCUGAUGCCUCCAGAAAGAAGAGAAAAAAGGAACCAAUGAUUGAUCUACAGAAUCUCCUAACUACUAGACCUUCUGUGAAGUCUUUGGCAGUGCCCACAGUAGAGGAGUUGGAAGAUGAAGUGGAGACAGACCACAAGCAGAUAAUAAAGGAAGCUUUUGCUGGGGAUGAUGUCAUCAGAGAAUUCUUAAAAGAGAAAAGGGAAGCUGUAGAGGCGAAUAAACCAAAGGACUUGGACCUGACAUUGCCUGGAUGGGGUGAGUGGGUUGGUAUAGGCCUGAAGCCCAGUGCCAAGAAAAGACGCCGUUUUCUUAUUAAAGCUCCUGAAAGUGCUCCAAGAAAAGACAAGAAUUUGCCAAAUGUGAUUAUCAAUGAGAAUCGCAACAUCCAUGCAGCAGCUCAUCAGGUGCGGGCUGUUCCACACCCAUUCACCCAUCACCAGCAAUUUGAAAGGACUAUCCAGAACCCUAUUGGGUGCACAUGGAACACGCAGAGGGCCUUCCAAAAGCUGACAGUUCCCAAGGUUAGCACCAAACUAGGCCAUAUUAUUAAGCCCUUAAAAGCAGAAAAUGUGGGCUACUGCUCUUCCUCAAGGUCCGACCUUUCUGUCCUACAGAGCAAUCGGAAGCAGCUCUCCAAAAAGCAACAAAAAGAGCUGAAGAAAAGCUGUGCAGAUUGAGCUGCCAGGGGUCUAGCAUCUUUGUUCCUGGGACUAGGAACCUUGAGUGUUUCUCUUGGUUGCUUCAUAGUGCUUCAGGGGUAUUUCCUAAAUUGACAGAACACUUUGUAGUUAAGCCACAUUGUAGAAAUAAGACAUUUUUUUGUCUAGUAAAGGGCUUCCAUUCCAUUCUGAAAUAUAUGAUAAAGACAGAAAUGAUUCAUUCAUGGGAAAAAUGACUACCAUAAGUUAGAGUACCUAUGUGUAGUACCUAUCCUAGGAUUAAAGAGGGGUCAGUGAGUGGACAGAGAAAUUCAGUCUGGAAUAAGGCAGAGGAAGUAUGAGCAGCAAAGAAUGCUCAGUUAGUUUAGAUAUUAAGUUAAUAGCUUCUAAUGUGGCUCAUAUAUGUAAUCUAGCAUUCUGAGAGGCUGAGACAAAAGAAUUAUUUACUUGAGUGAGAACUUGGCUUUACAAAACAAAACAACCUCAAAAGUAUUUUAGGAAGAGUUAAUAGACAAAAAUGAACAAAUUCAGAGAUUUGGAGAACACAAUGAGGAUAGAGGUGACUAGAGUUUAUUUAAGAAUAAAGUGUAACAGAAUUGGGAGGAUUGAAAAGUCAGUUGUGGAGGGCCUUAAAUGCUUUGCAGAUAAAUUUGGAAUUACAUUUUAUUUCUUUUCUCUUAGGCAAUGUAGAGCAAGUAAGAUUUGUAUAGGGGAUAGAUGUGGUGACCUUUAUGUUAAAGGAAUGUGGGUGCCAAACUGGCAGUGUGCAUGCAGGAUUUAUUGAGGGGGGUGAGAGUUAAAGACCUCAGCUACAGAAGUUAGAGUGAGCAUGGGCAGGAGGGUGGAUGAUAGGAAGUAGAACAAUCACUUGGCAAGAGAUCUGGAGAAUAAAGAGCAAAGGAAAUUUUACUGCAUGCUUUGAAGUUUUGAGCAGGGUUUUGGACCUGGGAGGAUUUAGCUUUCCAUUUAUUUAUUCUUGGAAAGAUGAAAGGUAGAGUGAUAAGUGUGAAGUGAAACUGAGCAUAAUGGGAUAGUCCUUUUAAUCCCAGCACUUGGGAGCAGGCAGAAGCAGGAUAGCUGCAGGUUCAAGGCCGGGAGGGUCUACAUAGUUCCAGGUAAGGAUCUCAUCGUUAGAGAGGGAUCUUUUAGUAAGUGAUGGCUAGAGUGGGCAGUGAGGGAGUGGCAAAAAUGGGUUUAGAACUUUAUAGACUUGGCAAGAACCACUCAGUAAGACACAUGAAAUAACUUCUUCUAGUUAGCCCCCACUAGGCAUUGUCUAGGGAGGCUUCAGCUAAAUUGGGCCCCAAAAUGUGUGACAUUGACCAGGGUUAACUGCAGCUGUCUCCUUGAGUGUAGAAAUAGAGACUCUUGAGGGGGAGGUCAUGUUUUGGCACUUAGUGCUCAAGAUUUUUUCCAUCAAGAACAUGGCUGCCAAGAAUGCAUCUGUGAGUCUUUGGGACCAGAUCCAUGGGGCAAGUGAGGCUAGAAAGGGAUGGUGUUCAGAGUGGGGGUCAUACUCAGCCCAUUGUAACUAUUCAUUUUUAAAAUAUUGAAUUAGUUUUCUGUUGAUGGGAAUCUUGUUCUUGAGAUCCACAAAUCAAACUCUGUGGGUCCCUGCUUUUUACUUGUUUAAUUUGAGUCAUUUCAGUAAGGUAGUGCUCUGUAGGGUAUUUUUUGUUCUUGCUUUUUGGUGAGUAUAGUAUUUACCAUAAAGGAAUACAUUCUAUGGAAAAAUUUGAGUAGGGCAAAUCUGUUGGAAGCAGCUUUAAAUUUAGGAUCACAAGAAUUACUAAACUUAUAAAAUAGAUGACAAUGCUAAGAAAGUUAUAAUUUACAUAUUUUAUAUUUUUAUAUAUUAUAUAUUUAUUAUAUUUUAUAAUUUUAUAUAUAAAUAAAUAAAAGGAUUAUAGGAAAAGUCAUCUAAAUUACUAAAUUUUGUUUUUUCUUCUCCCACUAAUUGGGCCUCAAACCUUGGCCUCAGCCAGUUUAGGCAAGUGCUCUACCACUGAGCUAUGUCUUCAGUUUUGUUUCUUUUUCUUUUUUCGAGAGCGUCUUAAUCAGCAUCUUAGACUAGCUUUGACCUUGAUGUGUAGCCCAGACUGGCAGGCUGGCCUUGAGCUCUCCAUCCUGCCUCCCCAAGAAACCUCUGGGAUUAAUAAUCUUUUUCUAUGAUACUGGGAUUGAACUCAUGGCCUUAUGUAUGCUAUUUAUGAGCUCUGUUGAUGAGCUAUAUCUGCAGCUGCCUCCCUACAUUUAGAACUGUAUCCCACCCACCCCCAAGGAACCCCCCUCCCCCCUUUUUUCUGUUUUUGGUUUUUCAAGACAGGGUUUCUCUGUGUAGCAGUAGUGACUGUCCUGGAACUCACUCUGUAAACCAGGCCUCGAACUCUCAGAGAUCUGCCUGCCUCUGCCUCCCAAGUGCUGGGAUUAAAGUCAUGAUUCACUAUUGCCCGGCUCCUUUAUUUUUAAGACAGGGUCUCAUUAAGUUGCCCAGGCCAGGAUUGAGCUCAUUAUGUAGUUCAGGUAGUCCUUGAAUUUAGGAAUUUACAGCUUAAGCUUUCUGAGUAGCCAGGCUUAUAGGCAUGUAUCACUGUGCCCAAUAACUCAUUAUUUAGCAUCUCUAAUUCACCCAUGUGUUAGUUUUUCCAUGCCUGCCUGCCCAUAUAUUAUCCAUUCAUUUAUCCAUCUACCCACCCACUCAUCCAUGUGAUGUAAGUUUCACCAGGUUCUGUGAUGAUGGUCACUAGGGAUAGAAUGACUAAGAGACAUUGUUCCUUCAUGCAUAGAGAAGAUGGACAUUAAACAGUUUUAUAAACAAUCAUUUAAUUAUAUAGCAUAAUAGAUACUGCUGAGGCAAAAUGUAGAAGGCGGUGAGAGUGGAAAUCUUGGAUGAAGUGGUGUUGCACAAAUCCAAUAGAAGAGGGAUAGUAGCAGGGAGGUAGGGCACAGUGGGCAGUAUACUAGGCCAGAGACGUAAAGCAGUUGGAAUGAGGUGGAGACUUGGCACUGGGGCUAGUACCCAAGGCCCCCAGAGGGUGAGUACUUUGUGGAGACUCUCUAAGAUAAAACUGGGCCUGAAGUAUAAGGCAUCUGAUAAGAGAAACAAGUAAAAAUAGUCUCAAAGGCUCUGAACUGAGAGUAGGCUGGGAAAGUUAGGGAACGUGGAGAUUGUUCUGUGCCAACUGACCAGCAGUGUCUGUCUCAAGUCAGUUUACUCUUUUGAUCUCACUACAAAAAGGUUAGUUUUAUUACUACAGGACAUGGAAGGAGGGGUUGGGGAUUUAGCUCAGUGGUAGAGUGCUUGCCUAGCAAGCAUAAGGCCCUGGACUCGGUCCUCAGCUCUGGGAAAAAAAAAAAAAGACAUGGAAGGAGCUAACAUUUUUCUUCCUGUGGUUCACAUUAUAUGAUUAGAAAUGUUAGAAUUUACCAGUCUUUUUUUUUUCUAAGUCAAAGUAUCUAUAAAAGCUUAACUAUUAUACCUAAUUAUAAUUUAUUGUGUUAGUUUUGGGAUUACUCACUUAUUGAGGCCGUUGGGAAACUUUUCAGCCAGACUACAUAAAAUUAAAAAUUCUAUAAAAUUGUAUGCUUUGCUUUUUUUUUUUUUUUUUUUUUUUUAAUAUAUUCAGGCUGUCUUCAAACUCAGUCUCAAAAUCUGCCUGCUUGUGCUACCAUGCUUGGCUCGAGUUGUUUGUUUUGAGCAAGGUCCCACCAUGUAUCCCUGGUUGGACUAAAACUCGUUAUGAAGACCAGGCUGCAUUUGAACUUAAUAGCUAUUCCUCUGCUUCAGUCUCUCCCUCCCUUCUUCCUUCCUUAUGACAAGGUCUCUCUAUGUAACCCUGGCUGUCCUGGAACUUGCUAUAUCGACCAGACUGGCCUAGAGCUCUCAGAGAUCCUCUUGUCUCUGCCUCUUAAAUGCUGGGAUCAUUAUGAGCCACGUUUCAAGUUUUAUGUUUAGAAGAAAUAUUUCAAGUUAGUGUUGGAUUUUCCAGGUUCUAUUUAGUUUCUUGUUUAAAAAAAAAAAAAAGUCAUAAAUUGGCUCAAUGUUGUGAUUUUUAGUAUAUAAAAUUUGUUCCUGUCUGAAUGUGUAGAAAUCAUUAUGUACGUAUUUCUUUAGGAUUUUCCUUGGUUAUAACAAUAUAUGUUCUAUAUGAAAAACAAAAUAUGUAAAAGCAUAAAGAUGAAAUGUUAACAAUCAGUACUAAUUUUGCAUCUCAAAUAUGGCCACUGCUGAUAUUUUGGUGUUUUUUGUUAACAAGUGAUACUAUAUUGUUUAUAUUUAGUAUUCAGCCUACUUUUCCUUGUCAUUAUGUCACAAGCAAUUACCGUGUUAGUAGAUGUUUUGAAUAUUUUUAGUGGCUAUAUAAUAAUCUAGUGAAUGUACAUGUCAUAGUGUGUUUGACAUUCCCAGUUAUUGUGUGUUUGCUUAUUUCUUUUUGAAUGCCUGUUACAAAUGACUAAUGGAAAGCUUGAAAUGUUUUCUUUAUUAAAGAUUUCAAGAAGUGAAAAUACUGGGUAAAGGAUAUGAAAAACUUGAGUGCUCUUAAUAAAAAUCACAAACUUG